AUGUCUUCCGAAGCGCGCCAGGACCAGCAUAACUCACCAGGUUCGAGAAGCGAUAUUACCAGCAAUCGCAAACUACUUCUCUUUUCUCUGGUCACUCUCCUCGUCGCCACAAUAAUCGCCCUCUUCGCGCGCGAUAUCGCCGCGGUGUCCAGCUUCCGCCGCCUCUUCGGGUCUUCCACCCGCGCCACUCGCUCGGCUGCUCCUCUCUCGUCCGUUGCAGCAGCAGCUUCUGCAAAGACGACGGUCUCUUCCGGGCUCGAGGGCUCUACUGCCAAUAUGAAGACUCCAGUGUACUUCCUCAGCCAUGGCGGGCCAAAUGUCAUGUACGAUGUCGAGCACCCGGCAUACCGUAAACUCGGGGACAUCGGACGCGAAAUCACUACGAUGGUCAAGCCCCGCGCGGUGGUUGUCUUUUCGGCGCAUUGGCAGGGUGGACGGGACACUAUCUACGUCAACACGGCUGAGAUGACGGAUCUGAUUUACGACUUCUAUGGGUUUCCCGACCACUACUACAAAGAGAAGUACCCCAAUGUCGGCAGCAAAGAGGUCUCGCACAAAGUCCUCGAUCUGCUCAAGGGAGCCGGAAUUGAAGCAAAGGGCGUGAAACGCGGUCUUGACCACGGUGUUUGGGCAAGCUUCAAAUGCGCAUUCGAACCAGACGAAAACCCACUCAAUGUCCCCAUCGUCCAAGUCUCCCUCUUCGACACUGAAAACCCAAUCCAACACUACCGUCUCGGGCAGGCAGUGUCCCGUCUCCGCGAGGACAACAUCCUCAUCAUUGUCUCAGGAAUGGCAGUUCAUAACCUACGCGAUAUGCGGUUUGCAUUUGGUAAUCCGCGCCCGUUGCCGUACGCUGUUAGUUUCGAUGAGGCACUCAAGGAGGCUGUGACUACUGCGCCUGCUGAGCGGGAGCAGGCUAUGGCUAGUCUGCUUAAGCGACCUGAUGCCCGCCAGGCGCAUCCGACUUUUGAUCAUUUGCUUCCUAUCCAUAUAGGGGCGGGCGCUGCUGGGGAGGAUCUUGGAAAGAGGACUUGGACUUAUCCGGAGGGGAGUAUGAGCUGGUCGCAGUAUCGGUUUGGGGAGUUGGAGAAUGCUAGUUCGUUGUAG